UUCAAUACAAUGACGGAACGUGUAAUAAUAACGCAAUUUGAACGGGAUUUAGUUGAGGAAGCGGCAAAUUACGAGUGCGUAAUAGGAGCUGGAAGCAAACACAACGAAAAUAUGAGAAACGCUGCGUGGGAGGAGAUAGGAAAAAGUCUCAAGGUAGAUGCAAGAUCAUGCGAAACUCGAUAUGAAACUUUGAAAAGCAUAGCUUCAAGAAUGAACAUGGAUGUCGCCGCGUUUUUGAAGGCAUGCAACCGGUGUAGCAACAACUUUAACGAUCUGAAGUUAGCACCGAGAGCGACGGUGCACCGUGAAUCGGAGUUGGAUUCAUCAACAUCCGUGUACAACACGACCACAAGUGUGCCGAUGGUCAUAAUUCCAUCCUCAUCAUCGAUUUCGCAUCCGGAUACGAAGAUUCCACAUCGGACAUCAUCCGGUAAUGAAAGGCUGUCAGACGAUCCUCGGCUAAAGCGAUCGGAGUAUAUCAUGACAUUAAAGACGGAGUCGAUUCCGGAGCAGGAGCAGACAUCGCAUCGGCUGGACAGAAUGGAGCAAAUGUUACAACAGAUGCAAUCCUCUAUUGUCGAGCUGGCUGCAAAUGUGCAGUACUUGCAGUCCGCCCUGCAACCCUCCACCGCCCAGCCCUCCGCUCAGCCCUCUGCCGCUCAGCCUUCCGCCCUGCAGCCAUCCGACACCCCUCGAAUCCCGCAGUCCUCCUCGUCCCGCCUGCUUCGUCCGUCCCAGAAGGCUAAAUCUUCGCCUCCCCUUUCACCUGUAAGGGCUCCCUCCGCCCAGUCUUGUGAUGCUGACAUCGCCAUCCAAGUACUUCCGGUGAGCUCCUUGGAGCAGCUGAAGCAAUUGGAAGAGUUGGCCGCAAGAGAAGGCUUUGCCGCACGUUUGGGUUUAUAUUUGUUCAAGCAUGUACGUGUCUGCUGCACCUCUAACCAUCAGUACACAUAUGUUUUGAGCCGCCUAAUGGACUGGUACACGCAGCGCGAAUUUUUAAACACAUGCGCUUGGAAGUGGUCGAGAGACAAAAGCUCCACCAUUCUGAACAAGUUUACGAAAACCUGGCAGGCGCUGUUUGAGGUGAUGCAGCGGAGGUAUAAGUACCAGGGUACGAAGAAGGAGCUUGACAAACAAAUUGGAUUGUAUGUCAAAAAUUCGUACCAGAGGCUGAAGCUAAAGCCUAAAAGGUUACGGAUCGAUCAUAAAUCUUUCACCCCGUCCAGUACCAACCGCCCAUCCACUGCCAACCGCCCGCCGUGUGAGAUGUGGAUUGUGCCGUCCACCAAUCGUUGGCACUGUCUGUGUAAAGCGUCAGGCAAAUAAUAAUAAUUCAGCGAUUCAGGUUUGUUGUAAGUUGAAUCACUCGCUGCGUCACAAUCAAUCGUUGGUCCAAUCUGUCUGGCAAACCCAGCGCAGUCGCGCUCGUCACUGUCACGCAGCUGGCCAUGGUUUCGAUUCCCGACGGCGGAUAAAGCAGAUUCUGCUGGACGGAUUGUACGACACGAAUAGCAAGAAAGCUACAGAAAGCUGCUCGCGAUAGCAAGCAUAUUUAUUUCAUAAACCAAAAGCAUAGCGCUUUGUGGUGUGGUGUUUUCAUUCGACGCUUCUUCCCGAAGUCCAUCGCGCCGCAAAUCAGUAAUGGAUUGUCCGCUAUCGAGGCUCGUUUCCGUUGGAAUCAGUUGAUGAUUUCUUGCUGCGAUGCGUAAUAUUUGAAUCGUUCUGCACGUAAUA